AUGACAUUUACAAAUCUAUUAAACAAUCUGUUGACACAAUAUAAUCAACAUGAAAAUCCAACCGCUAAUUGGAAAUUCUGGUGGGUUCGUUCCUACGAAAGAUACGCUACUGGACUGGAUGGAAGAGCUUAUGGAAAUGGUCAUAUAAAUAUGUUAAAGAUGGGUUAUGGUUUUAGUCUUUUCUUUGCGGCGUUAUUUGCUGACAAUGCAUUAAUAAUUCUUGAAAUCAAUGAUGCCCUCUCCGAUAUUACCAAAAAUACCGUUGGUGUGAAUCUUGCACCUGUUACUAACUACUCUAAUCCGAUUAUUAAUAAUAAUAUUCCUAUUAACAAUAUUCCUGUUAAUUCUGUCCCUAUUAAUGUUAAUACUGCCCCUAUUAAUAAUGUUCCUAUUAAUAAU